CGGGUUCCGCGUUGAGCCGGGCGGUGACGCCGCCGGCCUCGGGGUUGGCGGGCCCUGUGCCGGUGCCGCCCUCCAGGGCCUACUGCGGCGCUGUGCCUGCGGUCCUUCUCCCCGGUGGCCCGCCCUGCCGACAGGCCCCGGCCUAAGGGCUUCGGCCGUGGGACGUCGGGUCUUCCCUGUGCCCGCCCCCGCCUCCAGAGCUCCCGUUGGGCUACGAGUGCUGGAGCUGCGCCUCCCGGUGCGCGCGUGGCCCGCCGCGCCGACUCGCGCCUAUGAGACCGGGGAGGGGCCGUGAAGCCGCCCGGGGAAGGCGCGGAUCGACGCUCCCCUGGGAGCUCCCCUGGGGCACAGAGCGGCAGCGCGUCCUCAGGAAUACUGCUUAUCGCCUUACACUGAGUUUUGGCCCAAGCUUUGGGAGCUGCUGUCUGCUUCCAGCUCACUGGACUAUAUCAAAAUAAAAAAAAAGGUGUGGGAGCGUAUGCUGUUGUAAAGGCACUUGGAGCAGCCUGGAGCAAUGCCACCACCUUCAGACAUUGUGAAAGUAGCUGUUGAGUGGCCAGGUGCCAAUGCCCAGCUGCUGGAAAUAGAUCAGAAAAGGCCUCUUGCCUCCAUCAUCAAGGAGGUCUGUGAUGGGUGGUCGUUGACAAAUCCUGAAUACUACACCUUGCGCUAUGCUGAUGGUCCUCAGCUGUACAUCACAGAACAGACUCGUUGUGACAUCAAGAAUGGAACUAUCCUGCAGCUGGCAGUUUCCCCGUCUAGGGCAGCUCGCCAGCUGAUGGAGAGGAUCCAGUCACACAGUAUGGAAGCCCGACUGGAUGCCAUGAAGGAAUUGGCUAAACUUUCAGCAGAUGUGACCUUUGCCACAGAGUUCAUCAACAUGGAAGGGAUUACAGUGCUGACACGGCUUGUGGAGAGUGGGACCAAGCUUCUGUCACAUUACAGUGAGAUGUUGGCUUUCACCCUGACUGCCUUCUUGGAGCUCAUGGACCACGGUAUUGUAUCCUGGGACAUGGUCUCAAUAACCUUCAUCAAACAGAUUGCAGGGUAUGUGAGUCAACCUAUGGUAGAUGUCUCCAUCCUCCAACGAUCCCUAGCCAUUCUAGAGAGCAUGGUGCUAAACAGUCAGACUCUGUACCAAAAGAUAGCAGAAGAGAUCACUGUGGGGCAGCUCAUUUCUCAUCUGCAAGUCUCAAACCAAGAGAUUCAGACGUAUGCCAUAGCCCUGAUCAAUGCCCUCUUCCUGAAGGCACCUGAGGACAAGAGACAGGACAAGCUGCUUAACCCACUAGACCUGCCCAUCACCGAAAUGGCUAAUGCAUUUGCCCAGAAGCACCUGAGGUCUAUAAUCUUAAAUCAUGUGAUCAGAGGAAACCGCCCAAUUAAAACAGAAAUGGCACAUCAGCUGUACGUGCUACAGGUUCUGACCUUUAAUCUCCUGGAAGAGAGGAUGAUGACCAAGAUGGAUCCUAAUGAUCAGGCACAGAGAGACAUCAUAUUUGAGUUGAGAAGAAUUGCAUUUGAUGCAGAGUCUGACAGCAACACCGUCCCUGGCAGUGGAACAGAAAAACGCAAAGCCAUGUACACCAAGGACUACAAGAUGCUAGGAUUCACUAAUCACAUCAAUCCAGCCAUGGAUUUUACUCAGACUCCUCCAGGGAUGCUGGCACUGGACAACAUGCUCUACUUGGCAAAAUUUCAUCAGGAUACCUAUAUCAGGAUUGUUCUGGAGAACAGCAGUCGAGAAGAUAAGCACGAGUGUCCCUUUGGGCGCAGUGCCAUUGAGCUUACCAGGAUGCUUUGCGAGAUCCUGCAAGUUGGGGAACUCCCCAAUGAAGGCCGAAAUGACUAUCACCCCAUGUUUUUCACCCAUGACCGUGCAUUUGAGGAGCUGUUUGCCAUCUGCAUACAGCUGUUGAACAAGACCUGGAAAGAAAUGAGGGCAACAGCAGAAGAUUUUAAUAAGGUUAUGCAGGUUGUGAGGGAACAGAUCACACGGGCUCUCCCCUCUAAACCCAAUUCCUUGGACCAGUUCAAGAGCAAACUGCGCAGCCUGAGCUAUUCUGAAAUUCUGCGACUACGCCAGUCUGAGAGAAUGAGCCAAGAUGAUUUCCAGUCACCACCUAUUGUAGAGUUGAGAGAGAAAAUCCAACCUGAAAUUUUGGAGCUGAUAAAGCAACAGCGCCUGAACAGGCUUUGUGAGGGAAGUAGCUUCCGAAAAAUUGGAAAUCGCAGAAGACAAGAAAGAUUUUGGUAUUGUCGCCUGGCUCUGAAUCACAAGGUGCUACACUACGGAGAUCUGGAAGAUAAUGCCCAGGGGGAGGUGACCUUUGAAUCUCUACAGGAAAAAAUUCCAGUUGCAGACAUCAAAGCCAUUGUCACAGGGAAGGAUUGUCCACACAUGAAGGAGAAAAGUGCACUGAAACAGAACAAGGAAGUUUUAGAAUUGGCCUUCUCGAUAUUAUACGAUCCUGAUGAGACCUUGAAUUUCAUUGCACCCAAUAAAUAUGAGUACUGUAUCUGGAUAGAUGGUCUCAAUGCUCUCUUGGGGAAGGACAUGUCCAGUGAGCUGACUAAAAGCGACCUGGACACGCUGCUCAGCAUGGAGAUGAAGCUGAGGCUGCUGGACCUGGAGAACAUCCAGAUCCCCGAGGCGCCGCCGCCCAUUCCUAAGGAGCCGAGCAGCUACGACUUCGUCUACCACUACGGCUGAGAGGGCCGCGGGGCGGUGGCGCGCGCCUCCCGCCCGGCCUCUCGCGCGGGGGGGCGGGGCCGCGGGGAGGGGGCGGGGCUGCCCGCGAAGCGCGACUUUUGUACGAGCUGCAACACGACCGUGACGCUGCUCCGGCUGCCGCCUCCUUCCGAACGGGGACCGUUCUGCCCGUGCCGUCACCGCUCCGCACGCCAGCCGCCCCUUCACCGGUACCGCCCCUCCUUCCGGCGCGGACCCCCAAAGCCGCCCCACUGUCCCGACGCGGCGGCGGCCUGGGACUCUUGGCGGGGAGGGGCGGGCGGUUCUGCUCUACUACGGCUUCUCCAUCGGCGGCACCUACAAGUGGCAUAUGAAGGGGCGGGGCGGUAGUGAUGGCGGCUGUCGGUCCCGCAAUGCUUCCUCUUCCCGCUGCUGGCCAGCCUCCUGCACCUCCUCCUCAUCUUUGGCCUCGGCUCUCGCCCGCGUUCUGGCGAGGUGCUGCUCUGUGCGGCCGCGGGCCGCGUUCUCCUGGCCCGACUGCAUCCGCCGGGGGGCCCCGCAAGUAGGGCGGGCGGGGCGGGGCAGGGCAGGGCGGUGUGCAGUUCCGAAGCCCUUUUCGGGCCUCGUUGGAGCCGCAGGGCCCCGGGUUGGCCCCUCCUGGGGGCAGCUGCGUUCCCGUGGUGCCGGCUCUGUCUCAGAGGUUGCGGUGUGGGCAGCGGCGUCAGUCCCGGUUCAGCUGCACUGCCUUGAUGGGGCAGUCCGGACACUGGCUGGAGUGUAGGGGCUGCUCCGCACUUAAGUUUCUGAAGGAGCCUCUGACGCAUCGGGACCUAACUAUGCGAAUCCUUGGUCUCCACAAAUUGACUCUUCAAGUUAUUUUUUUUAAUGUUCGUUUCAAGCUACUAUGUAAUUUCUGGAGUUUUCUCUGGUUGGAAUUUGGUCUUUAUCAUAGAAGCUCGUCACACAUGACACAAAAACUACUGUAGCUGAGACCAAGGAGUGAAGUAUCCAGAGCACAGAGCUCUGGAUACUUCAGCAGUUCUUUGGCCAUACAUUAUGUUGGUUCAGUUAUCUUCAUGCUACUGAACCAACACUGAACAGCAUCUGGCCUAAGAUCCCUGGCAAGGUUUGCAAUGUCUUACAUAAACAUGUACCAUGUUUUUUUGAAGAGUACUCUCUCCCCAUGUGUAGCAGUACCACUCCUGAGCAUAGCAUGCCACUAGAUCAGUAGAACUAGUUCCUGUGAUAGCCUAUACACAAAGGGGAACAAGACUGUAAAGAGCUGCACCAGGAUUGAGUGUGUGCUGUGGAUUGUUGCAAGACAAUUUACAGGGAACGGGACAGAAACAUAAGGAGUGAAGGAUGUUUGACCAAUGUUGGCACUGAAGAGUUACUCUAAGGAAAAUGUUUAGGUUUUUUCUGGGUCUGGUCAGAUGUCUACAUUGUCAAUAGAUGUUUGUGGGCUGUUUUCUUCUAAUGUAGUGAAAGGCAGUUAAGGGCUUCUUGGGU